AGUUGUUGUGGAACCACCUUAAAAGAAGGAAAACUUUCACCCAAUGGACUAUUCAUAUUUGGGAUGUUACACUAUUUUAUUAUAAAUUAAAUUUUCCAUUGUUUGUAUUAUUAUUUUGUUACAUAUAUCUUUUAUUUACAAUUUAAAAUAAAACAGAAAAAUUAAUAUAAAAAAUGUUAAUUUAAUAGAACUUACAAGAACAUACAUGUGUACUAUAAAGAAAGUCAAUUUAUACUCUACAUGUGAAAAAUUAUGAGGUGAGCUCGAGCGGGAUAAACAUAAAAUACUGAACUUAAAAAAUUCUUUCUCAACAUGGCUUGAAAUUUUUAUAAUUCACCUAAUAAGAACUUAAAGGUAUAAAACUAAAUAAUCAUGUUCGUUUCAAAAGCCCAUGAUGUUAACAGUUCUUUGAGAACCAGUGACAUAAAAGUGAAUGAAGAAACAACUUUUUCGCAGUUGAAUCUCUCGCAAAAGACGUUAGAUGGUCUUUCUUACUGUGGUUUUAUCAAGCCUUCACCAAUACAAUUGAAAGCAAUUCCUCUUGGUCGUUGUGGAUUCGAUUUGGUGAUAAGAGCGAAAUCUGGAACUGGCAAAACAGCAGUUUUUGGUCUUAUAGCUUUGGAGACUAUCAAUAUUGAAUUAUCAUGUGUUCAAGUAUUAAUUUUAGUACCUACGCGAGAAAUUGCUGUUCAAAUUGCAAGCGUUAUAUCAUCGAUCGGAAGAGAGAUAAAAGGUUUAAGUGUCAACUAUUUCAUAGGGGGAGUUUCAUUAGAUGAGGACAGAAAGAAAAUUAAUAAAUGUCAUAUAGCUGUUGGUGCUCCUGGAAGAAUAAAACAUUUAAUUGAUAAAGGAUUUUUGAAACUUAAUAAUAUUCGCCUUUUUGUAAUGGAUGAAGCAGAUAAAUUAAUGGAGACAAGUUUUCAAAAGGACAUCAAUUACAUCUUUUGUAAGCUACCAAGCGAUAAACAAAUUAUAUCAUCGAGUGCUACAUAUCCAAAUGAUUUAGAAAUAUUUUUAAGUCAAUAUAUGAGCGGACCAAUUUUAGUAUCAACAGAUAUUGAUGGACCAAUGCUUGUUGGAUUAAAACAGUUUGUUGUGAUUGUCCCAUACCAUCCAAAUGCAAUGAAGCAGGUAUAUAUUAAGACUGAAGAAUUGGCAAAAAUAUUUAGUACGAUCCCGUUUAAACAAUGUUUGGUAUUUUCUAAUUAUCAAACAAGGGCUCAAUCUGUUUGCAAUAAGAUUACAUCAAUGGGAUUUCCUUCAAUGUUUAUCGUAGGAAGUCAAGACAUGAAUAAGCGUUUAGAUUCACUUUCAAAAUUACAAAAUUAUGAAUGCAAAAUAAUGUUAACGACAGAUUUAACAGCAAGAGGUAUUGAUGUUAAAAAUGUUAAUUUAGUUGUUAAUUUGGAUAUUCCAAUUGAUAGUGCAACAUAUUUACAUCGAAUUGGAAGGGCUGGUCGUUACGGGUCUUAUGGAAUUUCAAUAAGUAUUAUUUCUGAUCGUGAACUUAAAAAUUUUCAAGAUUUAAUUUUUCAUGUUGGAGGCAAACAUUUUUCAGUCUUUAAAUUACCGACUCCUUAUCAAUCAGAUAUUUGGAACAUGAAUAACGUGGAUUUUGAAAAAGUUUCGGCACAUGAAUUAGAAAAUAAAGCGAAUAAUUCUGAUGAAGAAGCGAAGUCUACUUUAGAAAAUCAAAGUAAAUGUAAAGAAGAUAAAAUUGAAAAUAAUUUUAUUCCACAAAAUGAUAUUAAAUUAAAGAUAGAUGGGCAAGAGGCGAAGGGAAUUGAAAAGUCCUGUAGUGAUAUGUUGUCUAGUCAGUGUAACUUUGAAUCUGCUAAAAAUUUGAAGAAUUUCCCUAAUGAAGAUCAAAAUGUGGAUGUAUAUAGAAAAAAAUUAGAUACUGAGAUAUUGAAAUUAACAAAUAUUUUUAAUUCGGAAAUAAGUAGCUGUAUAUUUAAUAAUGAUUUUGACAGCAACAAGGAUUCUCAACAAAUUUCUUCAUCUACUAUUGGAUCGUACAAUGAAAUUAAAUGCGCAGGAAAUGUAACAUUUGAUUCUUCACAAGAUUGUGUUUUAAAUUAUCAGAGAAUUGAUGAAAUUGGUACAAAUUUUCUAUUGGAUAAAGGAACAAUUAAAGAAGAAAUAAAUUGUAAUAUGCAAAAAUUUUUAGAAUAUCUUUCAAUUACAACGAAUAUGAGGUGGAACGCUGAAUAUAUGUCAGAUAUGUUUGAUGUUUCUCAAUAAAGUUAUAAUUUAUUAAUUUA